UAAAAACUACUUGCUUAGCUAUAUCCGGGAAGGGACGGACCACAUCACCGCGCGUCGUCGACUCCUCACCACUGCUACUCAUUUUCGAUGCAGUCGACCUGCGUACGCGUUCUCGGUCGCUUCGCGCGCACGCGCGUCCUAUCUCAUGCACUCUACGAAUUUUUAUAGUUGAUAACUAAAUUUUAUAUCACAAAAUUGUAAGCGUUAAAUAAACUGUAACUAAAAGUGUAUUUCGUGCACGCGGAGGAUGGAUGAUACGCAGAGGUGAUACUAGUGGUGCAAGUUGAGAUAAUUCAGUUAACAUGAGCGGGAGGGAAGACGGAAAUGCAGUUCCGUCUUUAAGUGCCGGGAGCGUUAGCGGUAGCGGAGUGACGGGCGUGACAGGCGUGACGCGGCGAGGCCGUUGCAAAUGGUUCAAUGUUUCUAAGGGCUGGGGGUUCAUCACCCCUGAUGAUGGCGGUCAGGAUGUCUUCGUUCAUCAGAGUGUCAUCCAGAUGCCUGGCUUUAGAUCGUUGGGAGACGAAGAACUUGUUGAGUUUGAAUGCAAGGAGUCAGAUAAGGGACUGGAAGCAACGCGUGUCUCUGGGCCAUCCGCUGUCGACUGCCAAGGUUCACAUCGGCGUCCGCUGUCGAAAAAACGAUUCAGAAAGAUACGUUGCUACAACUGUGGUGAAUUCGCAAAUCACAUAGCCGCCAAGUGCAGCAUGGGCCCACAACCAAAGAGAUGCCAUAAUUGCAAGAGCGAGGAUCACCUCAUUGCUGACUGUCCUGUAAAGGUGGAGAAAAGGAAGGAUGACUCGCAAUCGAAGAAUUCAAGCAGCUCCCAGGAAAGCCCGCAGGGUAGCCCUCAGCAGCCGUAACAUUACAAUAUAAUUCGUCGUUCAUGUUUGAUUUAAAUUUUUAAAUUUUAUUCAAUUUCUUACUUUCUGGUGGCAUUUAAUAUUUUAUAAAUAAUUUAGGACGAACAGCGGAACAGAUGACGAAAAUCGACGUGAAUAGCGUUCGUAUACUUAAUUUUAAUAACUAUCUACCUCAUUUUUUAACAAAGAUUCAAUAUACAUAUAAAAGUAGAAGACUGAUCAGUACAAAUCUAUUUUACUCUAAGAUUUUAUGAUUUAAGUUUGCAAAAUGUAACGUAGUACAAAUUUUAUGUGUUCGAGUGUUCGAUACCUUCAAUAUUACAUAAUAUUGUAUACCCAAAGUUGUGUGUGUUUGUAUAAUUAUUAUUAAUUUUGUUACUAUAUUCUAUUACAAUCGAUUUUAAGUAAUAAUUUAGUUUAAAGCUAUUUUUAAUUCGACCUAUAGAUGGUUAUGGUAAAAAUGCAAAAAAUCAUUUCGAUUUAUAUGU